AGAAAAUGAACGGAUCCGGGGCACAAAGUGCACAGCAUAUCGACCCACACGUCCAGACUUCUCGUUGCAAUGUCUCACUAGCCCAGUCCUUGACCAGUCACGUAUCGCAUUGCGGCUCUGCCUACGAUACCCGCUAUGUGGCUUCGCUUUGGCCGAGCCCGGAGUUUCCAAGAGUGGGGAUAGCGGAUAGCUCCGCUUGAUGAGACAACGUUGUACGAAAGAAAGUUUGAAUCGUCAAGAGAACUUUCUCAAAUAGACGAAUAUCCCUGGCGAGUGAGAGUAAAUUGCUCCUUCCAUUUCUCUCGCUUCAAUCAAGAUCGAUCGCUCCUCAAUCAAAAUCAAAAUGCCGAAUAUCGUCGUAGUGGGUGCUGGAGUCUCUGGACUCACGACUGCGUUGCUGUUGUCGAAGGAUCCGGAGUAUAAAGUGACGAUUGUGGCGAAGCAUAUGCCGGGAGAUUAUGAUAUUGAAUAUACUUCUCCAUGGGCUGGGGCAAACUACUUACCAGUUUCAAACAAAGCUGGUAGUAGGUGGGAGAAGAACACUUGGCCGGAGUUGGACCGUUUGGCGAAGAAUGUCCCUGAGGCUGGGAUCCAUUUUCAAGACGCCAUAAUCUACAACCGCAAAAAGGACUUCGACGCCACCACCGGCCAAUGGUUCAACGAGCUCCUCUCCGCAACCCCCUGGUUCAGAUCCACCGUCCCCAACUUCCGCCUCAUCCCCUCCUCCGACCUCCCCUCGUUCGCCGACUCCGGCUCAUGUUUCACUUCUAUCUGCAUCAACACCGCCAUCUACCUGCCCUACCUCGUCUCCCAAUGUCUCGUCAACGGUGUAGUCCUCAAACGUGAAGUGUUGACACACAUCUCUGAUGCUGCUUCCAUGCACCAUUCUGGAUCCAAAGCUGACGUUGUGGUUAAUUGUACUGGGCUAUUGGCGAGCAGGCUUGGAGGAGUGAUGGAUAAAAGUGUCAUUCCUGCCAGAGGACAGAUUGUGGUUGUGAGGAACACUCCCGGUGCAAUGUUCACAGUCUCAGGAACCGAUGAUGGCGAAGAUGAAGUGAGUUACAUCAUGCAGCGCGCAGCUGGAGGUGGCACGGUCCUGGGUGGUACGUAUCAGAAGGGGAAUUGGGAGAGUCAGCCGUGUCCCAAUACGGCGGUGAGGAUCAUGAAGAGGGCGGUGGAGUUGUGUCCUGCGUUGACGAAUGGGAAGGGUAUUGAGGGGUUGAGUGUUAUCAGACAUGGAGUCGGGUUGAGGCCGUUGAGGAAGAAGGGAGUUAGGAUAGAGAGCGAGAAGAUUGGGGAUGUGAUGGUUGUGCAUAAUUAUGGACAUGGUGGUUGGGGAUAUCAGGGGAGUUAUGGGUGUGCGGAGGGAGCGAAAGAGUUGGUCGAUGAGGCGUUGAAGCCUAGGGCUAAGCUUUGAAGCUCCUGACACGGUACGAGGAAGUCGUUGACAUGACAAAGCAUACACAUACAUAGAGAUCAAAAUAC